UCCUCCUCUUCCUGUCUGGUCUCCUCCUCUUCCAGUCUGGUCUCCUUCUCCUCUUCCGGUCUAGUCUGCUCCUCCUCUUUCGGUCUGGUCUCCUCCUCCUCUUUCGGUCUGGUCUAUUCCUCCUCUUCCGGUCUGGUCUCCUCCUCUUCCAGUCUGGUCUCCUCCUCUUCUUCCGGUCUGGUCUCCUCCUCUUCCAGUCUGGUCUCCUUCUCCUCUUCUGGUCUGGUCUCCUCCUCCUCCAGUGUGGUCUCCUCCUCCUCUUCCAGUCUGGUCUCCUCCUCCUCUUCCGGUCUGUCUUCCUGUCUGGUCUCCUCCUCCUCUUCUGGUGUGUUUUCCUCCUCCUCU